GAAUAGUGGAUGGUAGAGAAGACAGCACAUGCAAAUUAUAGUAUUUGUAAUCACGGCAGAAUAGUGCUCCAUCAUCCGUCAACCCAUAAUGUUGGCGCUCAAGCCUCUCCCCUCAGAUCUCUCCCUCCGCCCAUCUCCGGCGACCCUCGCCAUCAACCGCCGCCGGAGGAUCCAGUUCCCAGCCUCCGUGCGGCGAAGCGUGGAUGUUAAAGCGGCGGUCAGCGGCGGAGACAAGAGCCAGACGACAUCGACGACGACGACGUCUCCUUCGUUGGACAGCAAAGAGAGGAAAGGGAAGAGUUCAGUGGCAUCAUCUGGCUCUGGCAUUGAUGAAGAAGGAAUACAAGUGAAGGCAGUGGUGACAAUAAGGAAGAAGAUGAAGGAAAAUAUCACUGAGAAGCUUGGGGAUCAGUGGGAGAACAUGGUCAACGGCUUCGGUCAAGGGAUCCAGAUUCAACUCAUCAGCGAGGAAAUUCACCCUGUUACUAAUUCUGGGAAAAGCGUGCAAUCCUACGUGAGAGGGUGGCUACCGAAGCCGUCGAACGUUGCUUACAUUGUGGAAUACUCUGCUGAAUUCAGCGUACCAAGUGACUUUGGAUGCCCCGGUGCUGUUCUUGUCACCAAUCUUCAUGGAAAAGAGUUCUACCUAGUUGAGAUCAUCGUUCAUGGCUUCAGCGGAGGACCCAUUUUCUUCCCAGCAAACACGUGGAUUCAUUCGCGUAACGACAACCCCGAAACCAGAAUCAUUUUCAAGAACAAAGCAUACUUACCGUCGCAAACACCGGCUGGCAUCAAAGAUCUUCGACGCGAGGACUUGCUAAGCAUAAGGGGUACCCAACACGGGCAAAGAAAGCAACAUGAUAGAAUCUAUGAUUAUGCUACGUACAAUGACUUGGGCAACCCUGAUAAGGAUGAGGAACUUGCUAGGCCAGUCCUUGGGGGUCACGAAAUGCCUUACCCUCGUCGUUGUAGAACUGGAAGACCUCCCACUCUCUCUGAUCCACUGUCUGAGAGUAGAAUUGAAAAGCCUCAUCCUGUUUAUGUGCCACGGGAUGAAACUUUUGAGGAGAUCAAACAGGACACUUUCUCUGCUGGAAGGUUGAAAGCUCUGUUCCACAAUCUUUUGCCAUCGCUCGCAGCCACUCUGUCGAGUUCAGACGUUCCUUUCAAGUGCUUCUCCGACAUUGACAAGCUUUAUAUCGAUGGUGUUGUUCUGAGAGAUGAAGAGCAAAAAGGGGUAAUGGAAAAUCUCUUAGUUGGCAAGGUGAUGAAACAAGUCCUGAGUGCUGGGGAGAGUUUGUUGAAGUAUGAGAUCCCUGCGGUUAUAAAAGGGGAUAAAUUUUGUUGGUUGCGGGACAAUGAAUUUGCAAGACAGACCUUAGCUGGGGUCAAUCCAGUGAAUAUUGAGCUGUUGAAGGAAUUUCCCAUCCGCAGCAAGCUAGAUCCUUCUCUCUAUGGCCCUUCUGAAUCAGCAAUAACAAAGGAACUUCUAGAGCAAGAACUUGGUGGAAUGAACUUGGAACAGGCUAUUGAGGAAAAGAGACUGUUUAUCCUUGAUUACCAUGAUAUGCUUUUGCCGUUCAUCAAGAAGAUGAACUCUUUGCCUGGGAGGAAAGCUUAUGCCUCUCGGACAAUUCUCUUCAAUACAAAGACUGGUAUUUUGCGCCCUAUAGCAAUUGAGCUUUCACUUCCUCAAACGCACUCUUCCCCACAAAACAAACGAAUUUACACACAAGGGCAUGAUGCCACAACACACUGGAUUUGGAAGUUGGCAAAAGCUCAUGUAUGCUCAAAUGAUGCUGGCAUCCAUCAACUAGUAAAUCAUUGGUUGAGAACUCAUGCAUGCAUGGAGCCAUAUAUUAUUGCUACUCGUAGACAACUAAGCUCAAUGCAUCCAAUUUACAAGCUGCUACACCCUCAUAUGCGCUACACAUUAGAAAUUAAUGCACUAGCUCGGCAAAAUCUGAUAAAUGGAGGUGGUAUAAUUGAGGCAUCUUUCAGUCCAGGAAAGUAUGCCAUGGAGCUUAGUUCAGCAGCUUACAAGAAAUUGUGGCGAUUUGACAUGGAGUCACUGCCAGCAGAUCUUAUUCGGAGGGGCAUGGCAGUAGAUGACCCUUCAAUGCCCUGUGGUGUAAAACUUGUGAUUGAUGACUACCCUUAUGCUGCAGAUGGACUCUUGAUCUGGUCAGCCAUAAAAGAAUGGGUAGAAUCUUAUGUAGCACACUUCUACUCCGAUCCAAAUUCAGUCACAUCUGAUGUUGAGCUCCAAGCAUGGUGGAGAGAAAUCAAGUUAAAGGGUCACUCUGACAAAAAAAAUGAACCUUGGUGGCCUAAACUCGAUACCAAAGAGGACCUAUCCGGUAUACUUACCACAAUGAUAUGGAUUGCUUCAGGCCAACAUGCUGCCAUAAACUUUGGACAAUACCCCUUUGGAGGAUAUGUGCCUAACCGCCCUACCCUCAUGAGAAAACUCAUCCCUCAGGAGAAUGAUCCAGAUUAUGAGAAGUUUAUUCAAAAUCCUCAGCUUGUUUUCCUAUCAUCACUACCUACUCAACUUCAAGCUACCAAAGUUAUGGCUGUUCAGGACACACUGUCCACUCAUUCACCUGAUGAAGAGUACUUGGGUCAACUUAAACCUCUGCAGAAUCAUUGGAUCAAUGAUCAUGAAAUCAUGGAAUUAUUUAAUAAAUUUUCUGCUAGACUGGAGGAAAUAGAGGAAAUAAUAAAUGCAAGAAACAAGGACCCCCGUUUGAGAAACAGAAGUGGUGCUGGUGUCCCUCCCUAUGAACUGUUGCUUCCCUCGUCAGGGCCAGGGGUAACCGGUCGUGGAAUUCCCAACAGCAUAUCUAUAUGAUCAAUUGUUGUUUAUUAUGUCAUCUUAUCCUAUUUUCUUAGCGGAAACCACGUAUUAACAUACAUAUUUUUAUGGGAAAGAAAUGUUAACGAUAUAUUUUCUAUUCUAAUCAUACUUUUAAACACAGUUCAUUUUGUGCC